UGAAUUAUAGAAGAAAGAUUCGAAUCGCGUCGCGCUAAAAUUUUGAGUAAAGGCGCUAGAAAUGCGAAACGAAUGACUUUUAAAUAACAAAAUAUAACCGUAUAAUAAGGAAUGUAGGUUCAUCUUCGAAAUUCAUAUGAGAUCAAUCAUCAAAAUUUUCUUAAAAUCCGCGCUGUAUUUGAAAUUUACGUUAGUGCGUAUAAUAUCACAUCAAAUUUUGGUAGUCCCCGAAAUACCGGAAACGUCCUUUGGUUCGUUUGCCGCCAAAGCAAGCUGUGUGUUGUGAUGAAAUUGUUUAUCCUUUGAUUCAAGAUUCUUCAUUUUAUAAAAGAUUAAGUGAGAGAUUUGAUAUAAAGAAAACGAUCUGAUAAACUGUUUUUCAGAAUUGUUGCCGUCAAAUUCUUGUCUUACAGUAAAAUUAUCGGUUAAACAAAGAAGACGAUGGCCAAAGUUCAGCUAGCAAAUGUAGCUGUUCUCGAUAAUCCUUCACCGUUUCUAAAUCCAUUUCAGUUCGAAGUUACUUUUGAAUGUAUCGAAGAACUGAAAGAAGAUUUAGAAUGGAAGAUGAUCUAUGUCGGCAGUGCCGAAUCCGAAGAAUUCGAUCAAGUUUUAGAUACAAUUUAUGUUGGUCCAAUUCCUGAAGGGAGGCAUAUGUUUGUAUUUCAAGCUGAUCCUCCAGACGUCAGUAGAAUUCCAGUUAAUGAUGCAUUAGGUGUUACAGUUGUUUUACUGACUUGUUCAUACAGAGGACAUGAGUUUGUACGUGUUGGCUACUUUAUAAAUAAUGAAUACACAGAUGCAGAACUUAGAGAAAAUCCACCGCCACAGCCUCAGUUUGAUAAGGUGCAACGAAAUAUCUUAGGAGAUAAACCACGUGUCACUAGAUUUAAAAUAAAUUGGGAUGAUAGUGCUAGUUCAACAACAAACAAUGUACCAGAAGGCAUGGAUCCACAGAGCCUGGAAGAAACAUCACAAGAUGCCCCCACAUCAACCUUGGGUUUUACAGAAAGCACACACAACAGUAUGGAAGUAAUGUAAAUGUCAAUUUACUGCCAAUGAUGAAUAAGCUAGCACAGACCAUAAUAUGAAGAAUGAAGUAGUGCCUGGAAUAAAGAGUCAAAUGGUUCAUAUAUUUGGAUACCUCAAAGAAAGAAAAAACUUAUGGAAAAUAAUAAAUUUCCGACAGUGUAUGUUAAUUGGUUUUUUUUUUUUGUUGAAAUAAGCUUAUAGGUUAUAAUAAUGUUGAAAAAUAGAUAAUGUGAUAAUUUAAACUUUAUUUGGGAAUAAUUUUGUUUAUUACUGAUUGUGAGUACUGAUGCAUUAUUAUUUGCAUUGAAACUCAACUAAGAAUUAUUAAUUACAUAUCAUUUGAAACAACAAAAAUGUGAAUUAAAGAAAACUAAAUAUGCUGAAAAAUGUUUUAAAAUCAAAGCAUAAAACAACAAUAUGUAAUAAUACGUCUUAAAUGAAUAAUUCUGGACUCUGGACACUAACAAAAAAAAAAGGAGAGCUGUUUAUAUUCUAAAACUGAUAUUCUAAAAAUGUUCAAAGCUUUGUGUUUAGUAUUUUAAGUAUUAUAAUAUGGCUUAUUAUUGUAUCGUAAAUCGAUAGAAAUAAGGCUGUUCCCAUUUCAUCAGUGUAUGUACAUAUAUACUAAAAUGAGAAAUACAUAUUAUGUUUUUUACUUCAUUAAA